UUCCCAUCGUCUUAUUAGGGUUUGCACUCCGCUCCCCAUUCGAGAGAAUCCGAUCGUGUCGCUCACGCUCCGAUUUGCUUCGCCCUCAUCUUCGUACGCAAUUCCGCUUCACUUACUUAGCAGACGUGCCCUUUAGAAACUCUCUCGCAGUUCGUUUCGCCUUAUUCAUAGACUGUGAAAGUUUUUUUUCCUUGCCUCUGGGAGGUUGAGUUGGGAUUGAGCGUCAGAACAUUCAGUUUCUGUGAGUAGGGACCCUCUCGGUAGUGAUUCUAAGCAGUCUUGAACGAGUAUCGGUUCAUUUUCUUACGGAAUUAGAUAUCCACUAUCACAGAUUUUCCGACUCUGAGAAAAGUCUUCAAAUUAUGGCACAGGAAGGAUGGAAGGUGGAGCUUUAUGUAUAUGACCUUAGCCAAGGGUUAGCUCGACAACUUUCCUCCCAAUUUUUGGGUAAAGUAAUUGAGGGCAUCUGGCACACAGGUGUUGGAGUAUACGGCAAGGAAUAUUUCUUCGGUGGAGGCAUACAGAGUGUACCACUAAAACAAAGUCCAUAUGGACAGCCUGUACAAGUAGCGCAACUUGGUACCACUGAGGUCCCUCAGGAGGUUUUUGAAGAGUAUCUGCGAGAUAUUCAGCCACGAUACACACAACAGACUUACAGUCUGAUGAAACAUAACUGCAACAAUUUCUCGGAUGAGGUUUGCCAGUUCUUGGUGGGAUCUGGCAUUCCUGAAUAUAUUUUGCGUUUACCGGAAGAAGUUUUGAGCAGCCCCAUGGGUGGUCUGCUAAGGCCAAUGAUAGAAAAUCUGGAAACCACAUUGCGAAACGGUGGUGUACCUGGAGCACCUUAUCAAGUAGGGUCUGGGCAAGCAGUGCCUAAUUUCGCCAAUGUGCAAUUGCCUACCUCUCUGCCAUCUCCUGCUGCACCCGCUGGGUCCACAGUGCCAUCACUGCCUGCGAGGCGAGUGUCCUCUGUAUCAUCUUCACCUCGAUCGAUCAGUUUAGCAGAUGUGCCUCCUCAUAUUUCGCCGGCCCGAGUCUCAACAUCCCCAAAACACACAGAUGAGACAUCGACUUCUGAGGGAACUGAAAAGAAAGGCAAUGAGGACCUACCAACUUCACUACCUACGCCUGCUCCACCAGCAGGUCACGAUCUAACCAAUGCAAGAGCCAAGGUUACGCAAGAAAUUACUCAGGAGUUCGCACUUAUCAUGGCCUCGGGGACUUUUCGAGCUAGUGAAGCUGCUGCUUUAGCUGCUCGACGAGUUCUGGAGAGACAUAGAAUGGAAGGUGUCUCUUCAGGACUACCUUCUGCAUCUUGCCCAAAUCGGGUUGGACAAUUCUACUGCUCUUCAAUUGGAGAGGGGCUCUCGAAUGAACAUUUUUGAACGACAAAUUCUUAAGUCAGGUUGAACGACAAAUUCUGAAGUCAGGUUGAACGACAAAUUCUGAAGUCAGGUUGAACGACAAAUUCUGAAGUCAGGUUGAACGACAAAUUCUGAAGUCAGGUUGAACGACAAAUUCUGAAGUCAAGAUUGUUUUAAUUGCUGUCAGUACUAUCAAGCUAUUUUGUAGACCACUUCUCUGAUGCUUGGUUUCCUAGUGUCUAUCCCAUCAAGUCGUCGUCCACUGGUCCUAAUUGGGCAGAAUUGUAUUCUUCCUUGAGAAGAAAUCAGCCUGCGAUGUUUGCAACAGAUGGUUGCUUCGAGAAACGCUGCUAAGCAAUCUUUAUUGGUAUACAAAUCUGCAGGAAGUUAUAAUCAACCUGGCCCGAUUUCUAACUGA